AUGGCUUCACAGGCCGCCGCACCGCCUUUGAGCAUACGUAUCUUGUCCCUCAACUGCUGGGGGCUCAAGUUCAUCUCCAAGCUCCGCAAUGAACGUCUUACCGAAAUUGGAGUCCAGAUCGCCGCUGCCAAUCCGCAACCAGACAUUGUAGGACUCCAGGAAUGCUGGACGCAACAAGAUUACCAUGCCAUUCGGGAAAAGACACGCCAUAUCUUGCCUUAUGGCAAGUUUUACCACAGCGGAAUCUUCGGUGGUGGUCUAGUCAUUCUGUCACGAUGGCCCAUUGUCGAGAGCAACAUGGUGCGCUAUCCAUUGAACGGACGGCCUGCUGCCUUCUAUCGCGGAGAUUGGUUUGUUGGCAAGGGCGUUGCAUGUGCGAGAAUACAGAUGGGUCCUUCCAAAAGAGAUAUUGCAGAGGUGUUUUGCACACAUCUCCACGCCCCCUAUGAACGCGAACCCCACGAUUCCUACAUCUGCCAUCGAACAGCCCAAGCGUGGGAAAUCACAAAACUCAUGCGCGCAGCUGCCGAGCGCGGCCACCUCGUCAUUGGUAUGGGCGACUUCAACAUGAUUCCCUUGUCCCUCGCACACCGCAUCAUCGAGACACAUUCGCCUGUUCAAGACGUGUGGCGCAUACUGCAUCCCGAUUCUUCUAUCGGCGCAGCCAAAGACAAGGUGGAGCAGGUGCGCGGUGUACCAAUGCCAUCGGCCCAGUACAACAUGACUAUCAAUGGCGCAACAUGCGACAGUGAGUUGAACUCUUGGAGAUGGAACAAAGGGCAGCAAAGGCGUCUCACAAAAGGCGAGAACGUCCAGAUAGAUCCCACGGUUCCAGAUCCAAAUGCGAAACGACUUGACUACGUCUUCUUCAGUAGCGGCCGAUACCACAAUCCGGAGACAAAGGAAGAGACAGCUGAGUGGACGCUCAAAGAAGCAAACGUGGGUAUGGACAUGCGUCACCCCACGCUACACUGCUCCCUCAGCGACCACUUCUCCGUCGAGGCGACAUUGACAAGGACUUCUACUGCACCAUCAGCCAUACGACUAUCCCCAUGGGCACUGCCUGAACGCUAUCUGCCCAUCGAGACCUACGACGAGAUCAUGGCAACCAUACUCAAGUACCAGGUCCGAGAGAGGAUACAGCGCAAGCUGCGCAUAGGCCACUUCUUCUACCAGCUCUCCUUCUCCAUUGGCUGUCUAAUAGGUGUCUGGUGGUCACCCAAGAAUUACGUGUCCUUCAUACUCAUGUUGUUGAGCACACUAGGAUUCAGUGUGGGUGUAAUCGAUGGACUGAUGGGGUUGUUGUUUGUUGGUAGCGAGAUGAGGGCACUCAAGGAAUUCGAGUGGGAGGUCCGUAAUACCAGGGAGCGGGCGCUCGCAAAGAACGAGCUUGUGAAGACGGAUUCUGAAAACAGGGAGAUAACUUUCGAAUCGGAGCGAUAA